UCUUCCUCCUCCUCCUCUUUUUCUUCCUCCUCCUCCUUCUUCCUUGAACUCUCCCACUCGGUCUCCAUCAGCCUUCAUGGUUCUGAUCUCAGCUCACGCCAUGCAAGCCACCCGGGCGUCCACCACCGUCAGUGUGUUUGCGGACUGCAGCGUCCCGGCCGGGCUCCGGAUAGGACCGGUACCGGGCGUCUUCAAACUCGGGAAGUACGUGUCGGACCGCAAGGAAGUUGGACCUAAAAAGAAGAUCCGCUUGGUGCGGGGGGAGUUCGUGGAUGACUCGGGCUGUCCCGUUCCAGACUGGAUCGGACUGAUCCGCGCUGCCAGGAACAGCCAAGAGCAAAACCUGGAGGCUGUGUCGGAUUUACCUGGCAGACAGAUUUUCUACCGCGUGCUGAGAGAGAUCCCCGCCGGAGAGGAGCUCAGUGUGUGGUACUCCGCCGCGGUGGCCCAGUGGUACGACAUCCCCACCACCGCCACGCCGACGCACGACGAGAAAGGUGAGGAGCGCUACAUCUGCUGGUACUGCUGGAGAAUCUUCAAGUACCCGAACACGCUCAAGGCCCACGUCCACUUCCACUGCGCCCUGAGCAACGGUCGGGGGUUUGUGUCCAGCGAGCAGGCCAGAGGCACGGAGACCUUCAGCAGGUCGCCGAAGUCCGGAGACAUCCCCAACACUUCCACCUCUCCGAGGAGCGGCCACAGUAACUCCUCCAUAUCAGACUCUGGCAGGCGGGCGGUGUCCUCCUCGCCGUUCCCGCACAAAGCGGGCCUGUCAAAGAAAAGAAGCGCAGAGGAGCAGGACAGGGCCCUCGACAUGAGCGUCACCUCAGCCAGAAACCAAGGACACAUCCUCGGCUUCGGCGCUACAUCCUCGGUGCUGAGCAGCAUGGGCUUCCAUCCGGGUGUGCGCUCGGCCUUCAAACCCACCGGCGUCUCCAAAGUCCCGGGCGCGGACGCCUCCAGAGAGGACGCAAACGGGAAGCUGGGCGGCCUGGGUUUCAGCAAACUCAUCGGGAACCACCUGAAACCGAUCCGCAACGUUAGCGAGACUCUGAACGGGGGAGGGAGCCACCCUCACAAGCGCGCACCUGCAAUCAUGGACCCCGCAUCUCCAAUGGUGCCAUGCACUAACGCAAUCCGAGGUUUCCCGCUGCUGCCUCACAUGGAGGAGACCUCGGCUUUUAAGCACGUCGAGAGUCGGAUGCACUCCGGCCUGUCCCCGUCCCGCUACCCUCAGAUGCCCCCCGGACUCCACUUCGAUCGGUUCUCCCUCCCUCACUUCGACGGCGUCAAGACUUAUGGCGCAGACUGUAACAUCCCACUCAUGCCCCUCACCGUCUAUAACGGGGAGCUUCUGUACAGCUCGCCGUACUACCCGCUGAAAUUCCACUUCAGCAACCUACUCAAGUACCCGGAGUCCAUGUCCUACUUCGGCGCGCCCUCGCUGAACCACGACCUGGGCUCCAUCACCAACAUCGACCGGGAGAUCGCGAUGCACACGCAGCAGCUGUCCGAGAUCACCGCGGAGAAGAACCGGACGAGGUUGGACUCGAUGCCCGCUGGGAGCGCCAGCAACGCCGGCUCUGGCAAACCGAAAAAGGGACACCUGUGUCUGUACUGCGGCAAGCUGUACUCACGGAAGUACGGACUGAAGAUCCACAUGAGGACUCACACGGGGUACAAGCCGCUCAAGUGCAAGGUGUGCUUCCGGCCGUUUGGCGACCCCAGCAACCUGAACAAACACAUCCGGCUCCACGCGGAGGGGAACACGCCGUACAGGUGCGAAUUCUGCGGCAAGGUGCUGGUGCGCAGGCGGGACCUGGAGAGGCACGUGAAGUCCAGGCACCCGGGGCAGACCGUCAAGAAACUGGAAGAGAAAGCGGGCGGCCUGUUCGAGGACGAGGAGCAGAAGAGCGACAAUGACAGUGACGUGGACGUGUGCUUCACCGACGACCAGAGCGACCAGGAGUCGAGCAAAAACAAUGAUGACUGAGACGCGUCCGUGUCCAUUGACUUUAAAUUAUGUACACGAGAAAGAAAAUGUAACGUUGUCCUAUACUGAAUCUAGAUUUGUUUUUGUUUACACUUGAGACACUGGCCCGUCUGAACUAUGGCACCACAUGGUCUACACUUAAUUGAAUUAUUACUUUUUUGACUGAAAGGGAAUUAUUAUUUUUGUUGUUGUUGUUGUCUGUUUCAUCAUGCCAUUCAAGAAAAAAAAGAUCCAUAUAUUUAGUUAGUCAAAUGUUCUUUGUCUCGCUCAUGCGCACUGCAACAACGGCCAAAAUAACCCGUGGCCUUUGGGUUGUGUCGCGCGCUCCUAACCAACUGUUUCAAAUGCAAAAGAAAUCACAAUUGGAAUCCUAUUUUUUUUCUCCAUAAAAAUAAACAUUUAAUGCCGAAUAUACCACUAAAUUAUCUCAGAUAUAUAUACUUGGCAAUGUACAAAACAAUAAUAAUAUAACAGUUAAUGCCUUUAAAAAAAAAAAAAGUCUCCCCAUGAGGAAUAAUCUAUGACUGAAGGCCCAAUCCCCUAAAAAAAAAGACAAAAAAAGAGCACUACAUUCCAUCACACUGGAUAUGGACGAUUCUAGUAAAUUAUAAGCCGCAAAAGAAUAUGAUUCUUAUUUUUCUUUUUUUCUUACUUGGUUUUUAUUGUGAAAAAAACAAAUGUCUUCAUUCUCACCUUUCCCUUUUAAACUGUCAGUUGCACUUUAAAAACAGCAAUGGGCAUUUCAUUUCAACAGGACGGAUGCAUCGCGAUUAUUUUUAAUCGGAUUUAUGUUCAGGACUUCAUGAAAGAUCUUUGCGCCUCGCUGAGUCACACACUGUACUUAUACUUUUGCACUUUCUCGCCGAGGUUACGCUUUUCUGAAAGAAGCAGCAGCAGCGCCAGUUUAUUUAAGGAGUUAUUUCUAGAGAGAGAAAAUUGUAUUGAUUGCAGUUAUUGUAAAGAAGUGUAAAGUAUGAUAUUUCACAUUUCAGUGGAGAAGUGUUGUAUACGUUUGUUUAUAAGUGAUAUUGUCUAUGAGCACAAUAUUGUAUUCCCUGUUGUUGGUUUUUGAAUACAUUUUAAUUUAAAAUAUUAAUUGCUUGAGGUUUUUCUUUUUAGCCAUUCGUGAGAUUGUUCAAAAUGAAUAACAACGUAAUUCCAUGUAAACCCGAUUAAACUCUACAAUCUGAUAUUCA